AUGUUGAUGCUCCGGUCUGAUUCCUGUGAGCAACAAGAUGGGGUGGUGGAUCACGGUGGCAGUAGUGCACUCGAUGGCCAGUCUGCUGGCGAUGUGCGCCGGCGGGAACGGGGCGGCACUGCAGCCAGCUUCUACGGGGCGACGUGCCCGCCGGCGGAGAUGAUCGUGCGGCAGGAGGUCAUCCGGGGUCUGCACAGCGACAUCGGCUUCGCCGCCGGCCUCGUCAGGAUGCACUUCCACGACUGCUUCGUCAGGGGUUGCAGGGGUGCGACGCUGCUGGAGUCGACGCCGGACAACACCGCGGAGCGGGACUCCCCCGUGAACAACGCCAAGGCCCGCCUCGAGGACGCCUGCCCCGGGGUCGUCUCCUGCGCCGACAUCCUCGCCUUCGCCGCCAGGGACAGUGUCGAGCUGAGCGGCGGGCCCCGGUACGACGUGCCGGGAGGGCGGCGCGACGGCACGGUGUCCAUGGCGUCGGAGGUGCCCGACAACAUCCCCGCGCCGACGUUCAACCUGGACCAGCUCACCCAGAGCUUCGCCGCCAAGGGCCUCACCCAGGAAGACAUGGUCACCCUCUCAGGCGCGCACACUAUCGGGCGGGCGCACUGCACGGCGUUCAGCGACCGGCUCUACAACUUCAGCGCGACGGGCGCGGCGGACCCGGCGCUGGACCCGCCGUUCCUGGCGCAGCUGCAGCACGCGUGCCCGGCCACCGGCCCCGGCGGCGGCGUCGACCCGGGCCUCGUGGUGCCCAUGGAGCCGCGCACGCCCUACGCGCUCGACACGCUCUACUACUGGGGCGUCCUGCGGGGCCGCGGCCUCUUCGCCUCCGACCAGGCGCUGCUGGCCAGCGCGCCCACCGCCGCGCAGGUCAGGCAGAGCGCGUACGGGAGCUACCCGUGGAAGCAGAAGUUCGCCGCAGCCAUGGUCAAGAUGGGGCAGAUCCAGGUGCUCACCGGCAGCAGCGGCCAGAUCAGGGCCAAGUGCAGCGCCGUCAACUGA